UGGUGGUCUGUCAAGAAGUCAAGAAUGUGAAAUCUUCAUCAUCUUCAACACUUUCCACUGAAAAUCGUACUGGUUUUUGCUUUAAUUAGUACAGGGUGUGGUAGAACUAUAGCAACUUUAUUGAUUUCCGCGGUAUUCUGAUCAACCACCACUUCAAUUGAAAUUGUAUCAUGCCUGUUAAAAGUCUCAUUUUUCCUGAAUUACAUUUGAACUAUUUGUAUAGGACAUGAUCCUUCAAGAGGAAUAUUUCAUUAUGAACAAUUCAUGAGAUUCACAAUUUGUUCCAGGUUGACCGGAAUGGCGGGAUCCAUUUCUAACCUCAAUAGCUACUUGGCCUCUAGGAGCUAUAUCAAAGGCUACCAUUACACUGCAGAGGAUGACCAACUCUUGAAAGAAGCUCAAGUUAAUGCAGAUGGUGCACAUGUUAAAAGGUGGAUAUCUCACAUCACAAAUCUUCAGCAAAGCUCCGCCAAGCAUUAUGCUCCCAAAGUCCCAACAACAGCAUCUGAGAUAAGGAGGUCAUUUAUUGACUUCUUCAAAGAUAAGUAUGAUCAUACUGAGGUGCAUUCAUCAAGUGUGGUUCCACAUGAUGAUCCCACAUUGCUCUUCACCAAUGCGGGUAUGAAUCAGUUCAAGCCUGUCUUCAUUGGAACUGUUGACCCUAAUAGCGAUAUGGCCAAAUGGAAGAGAGUGGUGAACUCCCAGAAGUGUAUCAGAGCUGGUGGAAAGCACAAUGAUUUGGAUGAUGUUGGUAAAGACGUUUAUCAUCAUACCUUCUUCGAAAUGAUGGGCAACUGGUCAUUCGGUGAUUAUUUCAAGAAAGAGACAAUAACCUGGUCUUGGGAGCUGCUUACUGAAGUGUGGGGACUAGAUAAAGACCGUAUGUAUGUUACAUAUUUUGGAGGCGACGAGAAACUGGGAGUACCUGCAGAUGAUGAGGCCAAACAGAUUUGGUUAGAUCUUGGCCUGCCAGCCAAUAGAGUUUUGCCGUUUGACUGUAAGGACAACUUUUGGGAGAUGGGAGAUACUGGUCCAUGUGGUCCUUGUUCUGAAAUACAUUUUGAUAGAAUAGGAGGAAGAGAAGUGCCAGAACUUGUUAACAUUGAUGAUCCAGAUGUUUUGGAGAUUUGGAACUUGGUGUUCAUGCAGUUCAACCGAGAGCCUGACCAAUCUUUGACAACCCUCCCUGCAAAGCACAUUGACUGUGGUCUUGGAUUAGAGCGAGCAGUUUCUGUCUUGCAAGGCAAGGAUUCUAACUAUGAUACUGAUUUGUUUACUCCAUUAUUUGAUGCAAUUCAAGAAGCAACAGGUGCUAGACCAUACACUGGAAAAGUUGGAGCUGCAGAUGCUGAUGGAAUUGACAUGGCUUACAGGGUGCUUGCUGAUCAUGCCAGGACUAUCACUAUUGCUAUUUGUGACGGUGGUAUGCCUGAUAAUGUUGGAAGAGGAUAUGUUUUGAGGAGAAUUUUGAGACGUGCUGUGAGAUAUGCAGUUGAGAAACUUAAUGCUCCACAAGGCUUCUUUGCCACAUUGGUGCCUAUUGUAAAUGAAACACUGAAGGAUGAGUUCCCUGAACUGCUUAAAGACCCUCAGUACACCAUGGAUAUUAUCAAUGAAGAAGAGGCACAGUUCUUGAAAACUCUUAAAUAUGGAAGAAGGCUCUUUGAGAAAACAGCCAAUUCCCUUAAUGCAUCAACAAUUCCUGGAGAUGUUGCCUGGAGGUUGUAUGAUACAUUUGGAUUCCCACUUGAUCUAACAUGCUUAAUGGCAGAAGAAAAGGGAUUGGCUGUUGAUUGUGAAGGAUAUGAGCAGGCCAGAGCCAAAGCAAUAGAAAUGUCCCGUUGUGGUGGUGUAGUUGAUGACGAUAAGACUGACAUAGAUGUUCAUGCUAUCAGUGAAUUGCAGAAGUCAGGGAUCUCUCCCACAAAAGACGCUUUCAAGUAUAGUUACACAGCAAAAGAUUCUGGAGACUACACAUUUGAAACCAUCAGUGCUACUAUUAAAGCUAUUAGAUGUGGUCGUCAGUUUGUGCAAAAUGCCGAGUCUGGGGAGAGAGUUGGAGUCAUUCUUGACAAAACUUGCAUGUACGCCGAACAAGGAGGUCAGAUUUAUGACACUGGAUAUAUAACCAGCACUGGUGAUUCGGGUAUACUUGUUAAUAAUAUCCAAGUUAAAGCUGGUUUCAUUUUGCACAAAGGUAUCGUAGAAGGAAAAAUUGCAGUAGGGGACGAAGUUCAAAUAUCAUUUGAUGAAGGUAGAAGGAAGAAAAUCAUGAACAAUCAUACCGCAACUCAUUUGCUUAACUAUGGUUUAAGGAGACAUUGUGGAGAGGCAGACCAAAAAGGAUCUCUUGUAACUCAUGAAAGGCUAAGAUUUGAUUUUACUUCCAAAACUCCACUUACCACAGAACAGCUGGAAGGAGUCGACUCUGUUGUGGCUGAGUUUAUAAAGAAGAACGAUGUCGUUUAUGCACAAGAGGCUUCUCUUGCUGUUGCCAGAGAAAUCCAAGGAUUAAGAGCUAUGUUUGAUGAGACUUAUCCUGAUCCAGUUAGAGUAGUGUCUGUUGGGAUUGGUGUUGACAAAUUGGUGGCUGAUCCAACUGCUCCAGCAGGAAGUACGACUAGUAUUGAGUUCUGCGGUGGAACUCAUCUUCUUAGAGCAGGUCACAUGAACAAUUUUACUGUGGUCAGCGAAAAGCCCAUCAGCAAAGGUAUCAGAAGAAUAAUCGCUGUGACAGGAACUGAAGCAGAUGCUGCAAUCUCCAGAGGGAAUGCUCUCCAAGAACAAGCCGAUUUUCUUAUCAACCAGGUGAGUGGUGGAAAUUACGAGUACACUAAUAUCAUAAGUAAAGUGAACGCUCUGAUCCAGACCAAUGACAAAUCUACCAUUCCCGCCUGGCGUCAAGACAAGAUAAGAGAUGACAUUUCCUCUCUCAAAGCUAAGCUUGAUAAAGCAAAAAUCGAAGCAGAGAAAGCCCUUGUAGGACAGAAUUCCGCUGAAAUAAUCAAACUUAUUGAGAACAACAAAGACAGUGCCACGAUUGUAGAGGUCUUGUCAACAAAGGGAACAAGCAAGGGAAUCUCAGAGGGUUUGAAAGUGAUGAGGAAGAAACUACCAAAUACUGCGGCUGUUAUCUUUGCAGUAAAUGAUGAUAACGUAUUUUUCCACUGUUUGGUCCCCAAGAAGAUUUCUACUGCUAAAUCACUUCGAGCUGACGAGUGGGUGGCAUCUUUCUCAGGUCUCCUCAAUGCUAAAUGUGGUGGAAAGGAUCUGUAUGCUCAAGGAAGUGGAACUGGUGCUGGCCAGAUUACAAAUGCUAUCAACCUAGCGAAGAAGUUCGUUGGAGACAAAAUGAACUAGGAUUCUGUCCAUGCAUAAGGGAUUUAGCCUUUAGUUUGUUUUAGGUUUUUACAUUUUAAAAGUUUAUCGGGAUUCUUUUAUGGAAUUAUAGGCUAAUUUAUUAAAACCGCAGCGGUAUCAAGAUUGUUAAUUCUCUUGUUUAAAUAAGAGAUAUGUGUAAUCUUUUUCUGGUAAAACAAUAUAUUUAAGAGUUCUAAAUAUUUACUCAAAUGUUAGAACCUAUCUUUGUGCAACCAUGCCUGCAGUGUGAACUUCGAUAAGUGUUGAAAGUUUUCAUAUUGUUCUUUGACUCAUCUGUAGCCUUGUUUUUUCAAUUGACUUUCCAAGC